ACACACACUCUAAAUUGUAGUCUCACUGCCAACUCCGAGAAUUCGUUCUCGCCCAGGGGACUGACAGGGACAAACGUAUUAGCCGCGCUCCGCGCGCCCCCCUCCAGGUAGAUAUCCCAAUUUGGUGCCAUCACGUGCAUAUCAUUUCCAGGCGCGACUGCUGGUGCAAGUAGGAGCGGGAGGAGCGGGAGGAGAGUGCCGGCCAAGUGCCGCACCAUAUCCAUGUCCAAGAGCAGCGAGCGACGCAGCAGCAGCAGCAGCACCAGCAGCAGCAUCAUCGGAUCAUGACGCCAGUGCCGGAGGAGAACGAUGGCCCUGAACCAGCCCCUUCUACUGCUCCACCAAUUCAAACCGUCAGGCAGCGGCGUCGACAUAAUCCGCAACCGCCACCGCCACCUCCACCGCAGCAGCCGGAAGAAGCUCCAGAUCCCGAGGCGGGAUCUGGUGGUGAUGACACCGGCGAAAGAAAGUCCACAGUUCUUAUGCCCCCGCCCCCGCCAAGGAUCGGGAGCAGUCAGGCGGGCAGCAGUACUCUGCUAUUGACACCUGACGAGAUCAUCGAGGCCUAUGAACGCGCCGUGCAGGCGGCCAUUGAGGGAAGCGAAGGCGCCGUCGGCGACGCAACGCAGAGCAAGUGGAAGAAGCUCCGAUCACUCACUGUUCAAUCGACGCUUAGGGCCGUGCGCGACGGCCUGCUGUUCGUGGUCGGUGGUUUCUUGCGGUUCGUUCGACGCCUGGACAUGCACGGCGGCGGUACCGGGAACAAUAUCAACUUUGUCGAGGGGCUAAUUGACUUCCUCGCCGGCUCCCUGGGCGGAGCGGCUCAGGUUUAUGUCUCCCAACCCCUCGAUACGGUCAAGGUCAAGUUACAAACAUUCCCGGAGGCAUAUCGCGGCAUGUGGGAUUGCUUUGUGAGCACAUAUCGAAAGGAUGGCUUUGCCCGUGGUCUAUAUGCUGGCUCCAUACCGGCUGUGUUUGCCAAUGUUGCCGAAAACUCUGUGCUAUUUGCAGCCUACGGCGGUUGCCAGAAAUUUGUGACAUUUUUGGUGGGCAAGGAGACGCCGGGCGAGUUGACCACCGUACAGAAUGCCUGUGCGGGCUCUCUCGCCGCCUGCUUCUCCACGCUCACCCUGUGUCCCACGGAGCUGAUCAAGUGUAAGCUCCAGGCGCUGCGGGAGAUGAAGCAUUUCGUGGAGGCAGCACAUCCGGAGGAUAUGCGAACGCCAUGGACGCUGACUCGAUAUAUCUGGCGGACUGAGGGCAUUCGAGGCUUCUAUCGAGGCCUAAGUUCUACAUUCAUACGUGAAAUGCCAGGCUACUUUUUCUUUUUCGGGAGCUAUGAGGGCACGCGUGAGUUGCUGCGAAGCGAAGAUCAAACAAAAGAUGAAAUAGGACCAAUUCGAACGAUGAUCGCCGGCGCCGUUGGUGGCGUCUGCCUAUGGACCUCAACGUUUCCAGCUGAUGUUAUCAAGAGCCGCAUCCAGGUGAAGAACCUUAAUGAUAGCAUGUUCACCGUGGGAGCUGACAUAGUUCGACGCGAGGGCGUCCUGGCCCUAUAUCGCGGCCUGUUGCCCUCCGUCCUGCGUACAAUUCCGGCAACGGCCACUCUGUUCGUCACCUAUGAGUACACCAAGCGGGCAUUGACCGCCACCCUCUGAUCUCUGUCGACCUGUUUCCGCCAUUAAAUAUUGGGUGCGAGGAACGAUGUGGCAUAGUUCCGGGAGCGGAUGUUGGCGAGAAGCCGCUAAAGCUACUCCAAAGUAGCUGUUGUUUGGAGCGUGGCCGCGGGCGGUCAUCAUGAAAUAAUUCAUUUUUUUUUUCUAGAUAAUUCCUAGACCGUAAUGUUGUGCCUGUAUGUUGUUCAGAUAAUUAUGCUAAUAUUGCUAAUGACUGACUAAUA